AUGAACUAUACUGAAUUAUGGGAUAAAUUUUCAGAGAUUAGACUUCAAUGGAAAUCCUCUAGAAAUUUACUUGAGGAAUGUACCAAUUUUAUGCAAGAAAAAUCUGAAUUAGACAAAUCAUAUGCAAAAGGACUUGAAAGAUUAGCCCAGUCGUCAAUAUUUGAUAAUAGCCAGCAAAGCAAUCUUUGCCUCUAUCUAUCACUAAUACAAACUUAUAUAAACCAGCAAGCUCUUAUAUUAAACAACAUUUCUGCAGAAUUCAGCAAUGGAUUCUCAGCUUCUAUAAAAAAAUUAUUGGUUCAUCAAGAUUUUCUUAUCAGAGAAAAAAGUGAAAUGGGGAAAAAUUUGGUAGAAGAACGAGAAAAAUUGAUAAAAAACCACUUGAGAGCUAAAGAAAAAUACUUGGGUGCGUCUAAGGACUCUGAAAAAGGGCACAAACGAAAAGAAAGCAAGCAAGAAGAAGACUACCAAAAGGCUUAUUUAUGUGCAAUAGAAGAGCUGAAUAAUUUCAACAGGCCAUUUGAAGAAGAAAUGAAUAAAAUAUUAAUGUUCUACCAAAAGCAAGAAGAAGAGAGAAAAAGCUUGAUUAAAGAAACGCUUAUAAAAAUCACAGAAAUAGAAGGCUCCUAUUUAAAAUCUCUUUUUUUUGAAGUUGAAAGUAUCACCAAAGUAUCCAAUAUAUAGGAAAUAAAAAAGUAUAAUCCCCAAACAGAAAUUGAGCUAUUUAUCACUAAUUUAAGAACAGGGAAAAGGGUAGAAAACGUCCAAUUCUUCUCUAGCCAGUCUUCGUAUAACGAAAGGCAUUCUUUAGAACUAAAAAUCGCUAAUCAAAUCGAAAUCAUGAGGAAAAUUAUCGACAAAUGCUGGAAAGGAAAACACUUGACCUCUCAUGAAAAGUCAAAAUUUUCAAUAAUGAUUUCUGACCCUGAGGGAAAAAAAUCAUGAGUUUCUGUAUUAAACGAAAAACGAAACCAUGGCCAAUUUGUGCUUCCAGGAGAAACUUUUUACCAAUUAGGAACACUAAUGUAUGAAGUCUUAUCAAAAUUGACUAUAGAAGAUUUUAUCUGCGCAAGCCAGUGCAUUAUUUUAUCCCAAACAUUUUAUAAAGAAGAAAACAAAACAAAAAUUUUUUUGCAGACUUUGAUAAUAGCACAUCCGUAUUGGAACCAAGAAAAUUUUUGGGAAAAAAUGCUGGAAGACUCUUUGGAAAAUGAAAUGGAAAAAUUUGCUGAGUAUUGUAUUGGUGAAGGAGAAAUCCAUGAAGAUUUGCCAACAAGACUUAGAGAAGUCGUGGUCGCUCAGCUGUCCUCGUAUAUUGCGAUAAUGGAAAGUUUUCAAAUAUCAGAGUCAAUUGUAUCACAGAUUAUUAAUGGCUUUGUGAAAAAAUACCAUUUGCCAGAGGAUGCGAUAGCUAUACUUGUUUCAUACUGUAGUGCUAUUAAAUAA